UUCUUUGUGUUGUUGCCUACAGGAGCCACUGCUUGUGUUGAAUUGAAGAGAUUUGAAGAAGCAAUCACUUGGUGUGAUAAGGGACUAGCUAUUGACAAAAACAAUAGGAUCUUGUUGUCAUUAAGACUUCAGUCUGUCAGUGAAGUGGGAGAUAAGUCCAUGGAGGAAAAAGAUCCUAUUAGUCAUGACCACGGUAGUGCAAGUUCAGGUGAUGUCAAGAAAGUCAUAGAUCUCUAUAAUCGGGGAGAAGAAGCCAUAGAGUACCUCAACCUAUAUCUUAAAAAAGCUAAAGAAGUAGGAGACAAGCAUGGGGAGGGUAACGCUUAUGGCAAUCUUGGCAAUGCUUAUCACCGUCUGGGUGAUUUCAAAAAAGCCAUAGAGUACCACAACCUACAUCUUAAAAUAGCUAAAGAAGUAGGAGACAAGCAUGGGGAGGGUGGUGCUUAUGGCAAUCUUGGCAAUGCUUAUCACCGUCUGGGUGAUUUCAAAAAAGCCAUAGAGUACCACAACCUACAUCUUAAAAUAGCUAAAGAAGUAGGAGACAAGCAUGGGGAGGGUGGUGCUUAUGGCAAUCUUGGCAAUGCUUAUCACCGUCUGGGUGAUUUCAAAAAAGCCAUAGAGUACCACAACCUACAUCUUAAAAUAGCUAAAGAAGUAGGAGACAAGCAUGGGGAGGGUAACGCUUAUGGCAAUCUUGGCAAUGCUUAUGACAGUCUGGGUGAUUUCAAAAAAGCCAUAGAGUACCACAACCUACAUCUUAAAAUAGCUAAAGAAGUAGGAGACAAGCAUGGGGAGGGUAACGCUUAUGGCAAUCUUGGCAAUGCUUAUCAGAGUCUGGGUGAUUUCAAAAAAGCCAUAGAGUACCACAACCUACAUCUUAAAAUAGCUAAAGAAGUAGGAGACAAGCAUGGGGAGGGUGGUGCUUAUGGCAAUCUUGGCAAUAAUUAUCACUGUCUGGGUGAUUUCAAAAAAGCCAUAGAGUACCACAACCUACAUCUUAAAAUAGCUAAAGAAGUAGGAGACAAGCAUGGGGAGGGUGUCACUUAUGGCAAUCUUGGCAAUGCUUAUCACCGUCUGGGUGAUUUCAAAAAAGCCAUAGAGUACCACAACCUACAUCUUAAAAUAGCUAAAGAAGUAGGAGACAAGCAUGGGGAGGGUAACGCUUAUGGCAAUCUUGGCAAUGCUUAUCGCCGUCUGGGUGAUUUCAAAAAAGCCAUAGAGUACCACAACCUACAUCUUAAAAUAGCUAAAGAAGUAGGAGACAAGCAUGGGGAGGGUGGUGCUUAUGGCAAUCUUGGCAAUGCUUAUCACCGUCUGGGUGAUUUCAAAAAAGCCAUAGAGUACCACAACCUACAUCUUAAAAUAGCUAAAGAAGUAGGAGACAAGCAUGGGGAGGGUGGUGCUUAUGGCAAUCUUGGCAAUGCUUAUCACCGUCUGGGUGAUUUCAAAAAAGCCAUAGAGUACCACAACCUACAUCUUAAAAUAGCUAAAGAAGUAGGAGACAAGCAUGGGGAGGGUAACGCUUAUGGCAAUCUUGGCAAUGCUUAUCACAGUCUGGGUGAUUUCAAAAAAGCCAUAGAGUACCACAACCUACAUCUUAAAAUAGCUAAAGAAGUAGGAGACAAGCAUGGGGAGGGUGCUGCUUAUGGCAAUCUUGCUUAUGGCAAUCUUGGCAAUGCUUAUCACCGUCUGGGUGAUUUAAAAAAAGCCAUAGAGUACCACAACCUACAUCUUAAAAUAGCUAAAGAAGUAGGAGACAAGCAUGGGGAGGGUAACGCUUAUGGCAAUCUUGGCAAUGCUUAUCAGAGUCUGGGUGAUUUCAAAAAAGCCAUAGAGUACCACAACCUACAUCUUAAAAUAGCUAAAGAAGUAGGAGACAAGCAUGGGGAGGGUGGUGCUUAUGGCAAUCUUGGCAAUGCUUAUCAGAGUCUGGGUGAUUUCAAAAAAGCCAUAGAGUACCACAACCUAAAUCUUAAAAUAGCUAAAGAAGGAGGAGACAAAUCCUUUGAGGCAAUGGCCUACUGUUCAUUAGGAUGCGUUUUUGAGUUGCAAGGUGGACUGCCAAAAGCCGUUGAACAUUACCAAGCUAGCAUAAACUUAUUCAAUUCUUUGAGAGCACUUCUAAAAUCUAAAGAUGAGUGGAAAGUUAAUUUUCGAAAUCAGCAUCAAAUGGCGUAUACGGGUUUGUGGAGAGUUCUCGUAGAACAAGGUAAUGUAGAUGAAGCCUUAUUUGUUGCUGAGAAAGGACGAGCUCAAGCUCUGACCGACCUCAUGGAAUCCAGUUUUUGUGGUGGAACAAGUCACCACAAGGGAGAAGAUGAAGAUUGCGCAGUUUUAAAAAACGUUCCAUCAAACACUGUCUUUCAGGCAGUGGACAAAGCUAACGUCAAUCUUUGGGUUGUUUCCGAAGGAAAACAAGUUCAGUUAAGACAAAGUAAACUCAAAGGUUUUUUUUCAGAGAAUAAUAGAGCUAGCCAGUCCUUUGAGUCGUUCAUUCUCGGUGUCUAUACACAACUUGGUGUUCGUUCUAAUGUGAGAUGCGAGAAUCGAUCUUUGGAUGCUUUGAGGGGGAGCCGUUCAAAAGUGGACGAGGAAACUAAAGAAGACAGCCCUCGACCUCCCAUCCAACAAAAAGAAUGCUUGAGCACUUUGUAUGAUACCGUCAUGAAGCCAGUGGCUGACCUGGUUCAAGGGGAUGAGCUAGUCAUUAUUCCCGAUGGACCCCUGUGGCUCGCUCCUUACGCUGCAUUGAAGAAUGGUAAUUCUAAUUACCUGUGUGAAUCGUUCACAAUCCGACUCGCUCCAUCGUUAACAAGUCUUAGACUCAUCGCCGAUUGCCCAGAUGAUUAUCACAAAAGCAGUGGCGCGUUGCUUGUAGGAGAUCCGUGGGUAGCCGAGGUUACUAACAGCGAGGGAGAGAAAGUCCUCGAGCAGCUUCCGUGUGCUAAAGAAGAAGUAGAAAUGAUCGGAAAAAUUCUGAAUAUCACGCCAAUCACUGGCAGUCAGGCCACGAAACGUGAGGUGUUGAAAAGACUCAGUUCCGUUUCCUUAGUUCACUUUGCGGCACACGGAUGUAUGGAAACUGGCGAAAUUGCUCUUACACCUGACCCAGACCGAAUAUCUACUGUGCCAACGGAGGAGGAUUACAUUUUAACAACUGGAGAUGUGCUGAAUGCUCAACUUCGGGCCAAACUUGUUGUGCUUAGUUGCUGCCACAGCGGCCAGGGCGAAAUCAAGGCUGAAGGUGUGGUUGGCAUUGCGCGCGCUUUUAUGGGGGCUGGUGCUCGGUCUGUUGUGGUGUCCCUGUGGGCGAUUGAAGACGAGGCUACUCUUGAGUUCAUGAAAUACUUUUAUCAACAACUUGCAGGAGGUAAACGAGCAAGCGAGUCACUGAACCUGGCCAUGAAAAGCCUCAGAGAAUCAGACAAGUUCUGCGACAUCAAACACUGGGCGCCCUUUUUGCUGAUUGGAGAUGACGUCACUCUUGACUUCAUGGCAAAGGAAAGAGAAAAUUUAAAUAUGAAAUCACAUAAAUGAAAACUUUUUAUUUCAUCUCAAAAUGAAUGACGCAGGAACUUGGAAGGUUUAAAUGCUUCUCUAUUUUGGCGCUUUUUGGCUAUUUUUCAUUACUUUUCACUUUUUUGUUAAAUGGAACUUGAGAUGUGUGACUUUACUUUGAUGAAGAAAUAAAACAGACUAUUUCAGUAUAUUUUGUUCAAUGGAAUUGCUAUUUUUUUACCUUUACAAAUUUAGAUGCUUGCGAAGAGAACAAGAUGCAACAAGGCUUCUGUUGUUAAUGCCUGAAGUUGUUGAAGGCGACUACGAGGUUUUCGUUUCGCCAAAAUGACACUCAGAUCUAUUCCUUUAUUGCAAUCAGUUGUGUGUAAAAUAAUUUAAAGGUUUUUUUCUUGUACACAACCAGGAGCUUGUCCACCGGGUUUUAAUUACGUUGAUACUCUAAGCUUUUGAUAAGCAAAGAAACAGUUUGUCAUUUGCAAAAGGUGGCGAAAUUUUAAUUUUAAAGAUGUGAUUUGCAAAAUUCGCAGCCAUAUGUGAAUUGAUCUUAAUGGUUUUUCUACGUCAUAAAUUACUUUGUUGCAAUUUGCAAUUAUCUUUACAAAAAAAUUGAUUAUCAUUUUCAACUUUUUUUCAAUUCAUUUUAAUGCAAUCUAAUUCCAUCAGUGCCAAGAUUGCCAUUCUAAGCUUAAUUUGAAGAAGUAAUCAUCAGAGAUGAUGUUGUUGAAUUUACUGACCAUAUGUUAGAGACAUUAGACCUACUCUCAGGGGUGUGGCCAGCCUCUAGUCCCGUGGGCCCGGCCUACAAUUGUUUUCCGCCCACUUGACUUUUCUAAUAUGACUCUUACAAAUGUUGAAACAAAAAUUGAAAUUUCCCAGGAAAAAGGCCUACAACAAGUCAAAGAGCUGACUACAACGGCCUGCUUUCAAUCAAACGAGUUUGAUGAAUUUUAGUCCGUUUUAUCAAACACUCAUCUGUUUGUUUUAAAAAACCACGACAGACAAAUUGUCCAUGUAAUCUAAACAAGGAAAUAGCGAAGCAGAGUUUACUUUAACUGAAGUUUCCAUAGCUGUGACUUUUAAUGUAUGUGACAUGGAAUUUGUUGUUUCUAGUAGGAAAAUGUUUACGCUAAUAAAUUAGGGAAACAGUUGAAGUAAGCCAUGUAGUCCUCGAUGGGAAUUAUUCUGGUGAAAAUGUUUAUGAAUAAAUGUAAAUGUAGUCCGCAGUAAAAAGGUUGACGGCUUCAGGAUAAAACUUGCAUUUUUUUGAAAAUUUCCAGUUCAAAUUUUUUUCAUGGCUUUAAAUUUACCUUAGUAUAAUUUGAAGAUGUCGGAUGAUAUCUUUCUUAGAUUUAAGAAUUUAUACUUAGGUAUUCCGAGCACGCUUUGUGAUUAGAACCCGUUAUGUGGUCAAAAGUUUAAGGUAUAAUGUAUCACGGCUGUUUUAAAAGAAAUUUUUGUAAAAUCAAUCUUAAUUUUUGGCAGGUUUUCAUAACUACCAUUGGUAUAUGCUGGUAUAAAAUGUAAUAGUUAACCUCGCACACGGUUGAAUAUGAUGUAACGUAGGAUUUUAACAACAAGCUGGGACAGUUUUAACUAAAUAUGCUUUUUAUAAUGUCAGUGUAUUUCGUGUGAAUUGUUUUGAUGCUAUUUGUAUUUAAAGUUGAAGCUAUUUGUCCAUUUACCUUAGUUUUUAUUCAUUAACUCAUUAACUCCCAAGUUCUGAAGAAAAAUUCUCCCAACUGAUAAGAAAGUGUUUCUUUGUUGCUUCAUUCUGAGAAUUCGAUGAAACAUAACGUUUCUAGUGAAAAAUAAUCCGCUAGUUUAGAUUUUCUCUAAUUCUUAUUGACACCAUGUUUGUCGGUGCAUUAAUUUUGUGAGGAGAAUUUAAGUUAUGAUCAGUCUUGGGAAUAAAUGGGUUCAUUUUAGUGUCUCCGUUUAGCGCGUACUUUACUUAAUGCCUUGAACAAUUUAUUGCAGUUUGUAUUGUACUUUUUUUUACUUUUUUGUGUAAGAGAAAUAGAGAGUGUAUAAAAUACAAAACUGCGUUGAUUUUCAUUGUCUGUCUCCAUAUUCUAGGGAUUCACGUGAGAUGUAGAGAGAACAGAUCCUAUGGGGACUUCAAUGCUUAUUU